CAGUGCCUGUAUUACAGAGCGGACCUUUCGCGCGUUGUUCAGUUUCCGGGAGGGAGAAAUCCUGGGUGCACAGAAUGAUGGCGACCUCCUUGGGAGCGACACUAUCUCUGCUGAAAGUGCGGGGACCCGUGCGGAUAUUCUGCAGAUACCGCUAUAAGAAGAAAUGGGCCACUAGUUAUGUUGGGCCCUCGGGCCCCCGGCUCGCUCUUCAGUAUUUUGAUAUGAAUUAUAGCGCACAGUUUGGAGAUGUGUGGCCCUCGGUGCGGAUUGGGCUCCUGUCGGAGCAGAAGUAUGGCGCGCUCAUCAACCACUUCUCGGGCACGGAGGACACGGCCCACAGACUGGGCUCUCUGGGCGUCACAGACUUCCUGCAGGAAGCGCGCACCGCGGAGGCGGAGUCACCGGGGACAAUGUCAGAGGCUCUGCGCUCCUCCAGGAUCACGUGUUACACCUUCCCCCGCGGUGACAUCAGCCGCUUCCCACCAGCCAGGUCCAGCCCCCUGGGGCUCCUGGAGUAUUACCUUCUGGACGCCGCCUCCCUCCUUCCCGUCCUCGCCCUCAAUGUCCGGCCGGAACACCGCGUCCUGGAUCUGUGCGCCGCUCCGGGGGGGAAGACUCUGGCGCUGCUGAUGGAGGACUGCCGAUAUUUGGGGGUCAAUGACGCGUCCAUCUCCCGCAGUAACCGCCUGCGCCGCGUCCUGCACUCCUACGUCCCGCCGGAGCGGCGUACGGAGGAGCGACUGAGGGUCACAACGUGGGACGGAACCCAGUGGGGGGAGGAAGGCCUGUACGACCGGGUCCUGGUGGACGCUCCCUGCACAACAGACCGCCACUCGCUGCACCACGAGGACAACAACGUGUUCAGCCGCCUGAGGGUGAGGGAGCGGCAGAGGCUGCCCCUGCUACAGACCCACCUCCUGCUUUCCGGUCUGCGGGCGGUGGUCCCCGGUGGUGACGUGGUGUACUCCACCUGCACGCUGUCCACUCUGCAGAAUGAGUGUGUAGUGGAGGGCGCCCUCGGCCUCGCUGCCUCAGAAUAUGGCGUCCAUGCGGAGGUGCAAGAUCUGCGCAGUGUGCGGGAAAUCUUCAGUAGGACGUUUAAUUUCCAUCUGGAAUGUCGCAUAGGAGAACUGGUGCUGCCGCAGCUCACCGCCAACUACGGGCCCCUGUACCUAUGCAAGCUGCGGCGGCUGCGCUGA